CUGGAGGCUCAGCUGGACGAUUCCAGGGCCGAGGCGUCGAAGGAGAAGAAGCUGAGAGAACACAGUGAGGAGUUCUCCAAGCAGCUGGAGACCCAAAAACACAGUGAGGAGUUCUCCAAGCAGCUGGAGACCCAGCUGGAGACCCUGAAGUCCCAGCAGGGCCGGGGUAGUGCUGCUGGGGGGGCGGGGCCUCAGCAGGAAGUGACCCGCCUGAAGGCGGAACUUGAUAAGAAGGUCCUGUUCUACGAGGAGGAGCUGGUCCGUAGAGACUCCGCCCACUCCUCCGAGAUCAAGAACCUCCGCAAAGACCUGCACGAGUCCGAGGGGGGGCAGCUUGCUGCCAACAAGGAGCUCCUGCUGCUCCAGGACCGGCUGGACAAGGACAAGAGGGACAGACAAACAGAAAUGGAUGAAGCUGUUUCCGCUCUGAAGGAGAAAGCUGAACGAGAGAAAAACCUGCUGAUUGAAGAGAACCGCAAGCUGAAUGCAGAAACUGACAAGCUGUGUUCGUUUGUGGAUAAACUGACGGCCCAGAACCGUCAACUGGAGGACGAGCUGCAGGACCUGGCCUCUAAGAAGGAGAGCGUCGCCCACUGGGAAGCUCAGAUCGCAGAGAUCAUCCAGUGGGUGAGUGAUGAGAAAGACGCUCGUGGAUAUCUUCAGGCUCUGGCCACCAAGAUGACGGAGGAGCUGGAGACGCUGCGCUGCUCCGGCCUGGGAACCAGACCUCUGGUAACUCACCCACUGUCAGGCUUUUAUUGUGAAUCUCAAGCAGGAAGUGUGUGCUCUGUGUACAGUUUGGUGUCUUUGUUAGGGC